GAGCCGUGCUCAGAGAUCACCACAAUCCUGUUCAACUUCAUGUGCAACAGCUCCUGCAUGGGAGGCAUGAACCGCAGACCCAUCCUCACCAUCCUGACCCUUGAGACUUCAGACGGACAACUUUUGGGCCGAAGAUGCUUCGAGGUGCGUGUCUGCUGUCCCGGCAGGGAUCGUAAAACAGAGGAGGCAAAUAGUGCCAAACUUCAGACAGGGGCCAAACAAGUGAAGAAAAGAAAAAGUGCCCCAGCAACAGAUCCUGAUAUGUGCAAAAGGAAGUCUGGCUCAAGCACAGACGAGGAGGAAGUACUUAUGUUGCCAGUUAAAGGCCGUGAGCGCUAUAACAUGUUAAAAAAGAUAAAUGAUGCAUUAGAACUGGCUGAAAAAGAGGCUAAAAACAAAACCAGGGCUUCUAAGGAACUGCUGCCGUCCAGUGGAAAGCGCGUCUUGCAAAAAGCAGAACGAAGCGACAGCGACUAGUUGCAAUCUGCCUUCUUUUAACCACCAUGUUAUGUUCAGUGUUGCUUCCUGGCCAACAUCCCUCAGCAGGAGGCUGCACGAUCAUGGAGUUCAGAUGAACUGCGCGACCCCAGCCCCCUGUACCUCCCCGUCCCUCGUCCUGCCGGGGUCCGGCGCGACCCCAGCCCACGGAACCUCCCCGUCCCUCGUCCUGCCGGGGUCCGGCGCGACCCCAGCCCACGGAACCUCCCCGUCCCUCGUCCUGCCGGGGUCCGGCGCGACCCCAGCCCCCUGUACGUCCCCGUCCCGCAUCCUCCCGGGGUCAGGCGCUACCCCAGCCCCCUGUACCUCCCCGUCAGGCGUCUUGCCGGGGUCCGGCGCGACCCCUAUUUUUUGUUUUUUAUUUUUCCUUCUCCUUUCCUCCCCUUUACCUCCACCCGUGCCACAGGCCCACUGAUGAUGAACAUGAUGAUGAUGACGAACAUGAUGAUGAUGAUGAUGAUGAUGAUGAUGCAAGCAGACAGCUGCGUGCAAGGGCUGACCAUUUUAAACGAAAAAUAAAACAGACCAAACAGGCAAAAACA